CCCUGCUCGCGCUACCGGUAGAGCAGCUAUUUUGCGCGGGAAGGAAAAAACCUAUCUUCCCUACGUACUUUGCGAGCAGCCAUUCCAGCUUAGGAGACGAAGGGAAAGACCAGUCUUUCUUUGCGGUUCUCCGUCAUUGUGUUCCAUUUCUCGAUCUUGUCUUCUUCGUCCGCACAUACAUUCAUCUCUAUUGACGUCGUAUUCGUGAGUACCCCGUCAUUCCCUGGGGGUCAGGUUGACGUGGACUGUCAGUCGUACGAGGAGCGAGGAGUGAUAACCGAGUCGCCAAAGCCGUGUGGCAGCAAGUGUUCCCUCGCCGGACGUGGCAGCUAUGGCUUCCCCGCUACCGACUUCGACGGUGGGGCCACCGUCGUCGACGGGGCAGGUGGAUGCCUCGUCGGGAGCCGCCGCGUUAUUGUCGAAAGUGACGGAUUCAGUGAAGUUCGCUUUUCAUCAGAGCCGUCCAUGGUCGGAGAUGGUGGACCGCACUUCUUUCUCCAGGUUUGAUGCCGUUAGCGAAGCAACUUCACGUGUGCGGAAGAACAUAAGUUACUUCAAAGUCAACUAUGCCAUAUGUGUUGUCGCCUUUGUCAUCUUGAGUAUGCUGUGGAACGUGUCUUCGCUCGUGUACCUCUUCUUUCUCGGUCUUCUUUGGGGCUGGCUGUUCAUGGUGCGAUCGGAACCAUUGACCCUGGGAGGGAGGACUCUGAGCGAGAAUGAGUUGUUCUUUGGAAUGGUCGUUUUCUCUCUGUUGGUCGUCUUCGUCUUCACGUCCGUAGGUUACGUCUUGUUGACAGCUGUCUCUCUGGCGAGUCUGGGCAUCGUCGUUCACGCAGCGUUCAGACAACCGGAUGAGCUCUUCUCGGAGGGUCAGGAGCCAUCGGGCGGUUUCUUGUCGUUUUUGGGACCGGCUGCAGCGGGUCUUCCCUCUGCCGUCGGUCAUGUUUAAAUCCGGAUUAUGACUAAUCAACGGUAGGAACGCAGCAGAGGCUUCAGUUACGUACAGUAAUCAACGGUAGGAACGCAGCAGGCAGAGGCUUCAGUUACGUACAGUCGAAACUACUGGGGGGAUCCCGCCUUUUGUCCGUUUCCGUCUGAUCUACGUCGUUGGAGCUGAUCUACGUCGUUGGAGCUGAUCUGCGUCGUUGGAGCUGAUCUACGUUGUGGGAGCACAGCUCUUGCGACUCCUUCCCCUUUAUGUCGUGCGCGUGUCGGAGCGAAGUUUGUCUGCAACACAGCUCUUCCUUGACUCUACUCCAACAGGUUCCGUGACUUUCUGUGCCUCGCCCCGCUGGUUUGUCUCCUGAUUGUUUCGCUGCAAUUGGAAGUGGGUCGUUCCUUUGUGACCGGCGGGAGCGCGUGCUUUCCCUGUGGAAUCGAUGUCUUUUGUCUAGUCCGAGCUUCUUGCCAUUUUUUCAACGCGGAGAUGUAUGUUGGAUCUGUUUGGGGAAAGGAUGUGCGAGACUCGUUCGCAGGGUCUGUUGCUUCGGAUCUUAGAUAGCUUCUCUCUCUCGGCAUGUCCAGAAGGGUGUUCUCCGCUGCUUUCGAUUGGAGACGUGGGUGUGAAGUGAUUUUUUUUUCAAGGAGCCGUUGUUAACCUGCCAAGCUUUUCAGGUGACCCUCCUGACAGUCUGACUGAGGAGAGUUGGGAGAAGGCGGGGUUAAGACGAGGUUGUCGACGCCUGUUUUUCGUUGUUUUUCGGGGUUAAGACGAGGUUGUCUUCCCUGGGGAGUGGUCAUUGUUUAACUCUGUCGAAUAAUUUCAGAGACGUGUGUGGGGCAUCGGUGGUCGUCAGUGCUGGAGAUGCAGAUCCUUACAACGGUCUUCUUUAUUGAGACUAAUAAAGGACAGCAGGGGUUUGAUGAAUGAACCUCUAGCUUGUGUGAUGUUGCUCAUCCGUUUCUCCUGAUUGAUUCUGUUCACCUCGAGUCUAGUCUGUCUUCGAAUGGGCAAUCUUUUCAAUUGAUUCUGUUGGCCUCCAGUUUAGUCUUUCUCCGUAUGCGCAAGCUGUCUCUGGUUAUUUACUAGUAUGUUUUCUGUGACGUGUUCUUUCUGUUUGCUUGAGUGGCACGAGUUGAAAUCGUGUGUAAAGCUAUUCGGUAGGGGACUGUCUGAAGAAGUUUGCCUUGCUGCAAGAAUAUGGCGGGGGUGAGGAAGAGGGAGGACUGGAAACGAAAACGAAUGUCUAAUGAAAAAACGAGGGUUUGUGUCCGUGAGAGACUGAGUGUUUUGUGUGUGUGUGUGUGUGUGUGUGUGAGAGAGAGAGAGAGACGGACACACACAGAGAGAGAGAGCUGUGCGUAUGUUCGACGCGUGGACUAGUGGAUACAGACGGACACACACAGAGAGAUAGAUAGAUAGAUAGAUAGAGAGAGAGAGAGAGAGAGAGAGAGAGACGGACCACUUGAUACAGUAACGUUAGUGUGUUGUUUAGGCUGUUGCUGUGGUUACCACAACACGCGUUCACGGAGUUAGCGUAGAAGUUGGUCUUAGUUUAGUUACCUUUUCAGAAGUUGUCAGGGGCUUACGAAUCGGGAUGAAGGCGAAUGUGCAGACGGCCAAGCUGGGCGUAUAGGGUGUGUGGAAGCAAGUACUGGUAGUGAGAUUACGUAGCGUACCCAUACACGCUUGCCUGUGAAGAAGGAGACGUGUGUGUGGGGAGAGAGAGAGAGAGAGAGAGAGAGAGAGAGAGAGAGAGAGAGAGAGAGAGAGAGGAAGAGGGAGCGACGUGUGUGGGAGAGAGAGAGAGGGGAGAAGCCGAGAGAAUUUGCUCCGGCAAGUGGGGAGAGAGAGAGAGAGAGAGAGAGAGAGAGAGAGAGAGAGAGAGAGAGGAAGGGGGAUCGACGUGCGUGUGGGGAGAGAGAGAGGGAGCGAUGUGUGUGUGUGGGGGAGAGAGAGAGAGAGAGAGAGAGAGAGAGAGAGAGAGAGAGAGAGAGAGAGAGAGAGAGAGAGAGAGAGAGAGAGGGGAGAAGCCGAGAGAAUGUGCUCCGGCAAGUGUUAUGCCUCAAAUAGGUACAAGUGAUAUGCGGCAAAUAGUGUACAAGUACGUUGUGGUUUCUUCGAGUGGCAUGUGUUUGUGUCAGCUUCAGUUAGUUCUCUUCCAAUUGUCGAAUAUGAGGAUAGAGUGAGGAAUGAUGCCGGUGUGGUUUGGUUUAGGGUGCAGAUAUGCUCGUGCAGGGGCUGUGGCGAGGUUAUAUGUCCUUACGUUUAACGGUCUGUGCGGUUUGGUAUGCCUAGGAUCGAGUAACAUGAACUGUCGCGUACGAAAUGUAAUUUUGUAAUUCUGGGAAGUAUUUGAAGUCUUACGAACGAUUCUGUAGGUAGUGGAUGUGGUUCAAGGAAAGUGUUUCAGUAGUUACUGAUCGUCGUGGAGAAAAGAAAAGCCUUGAUUAUGAAGCACGUAAGAACUUCUCUUAUUUGCACAAUGGGAGUAAUGAGAAUGGACUUGUUCGCUGUAAAGGAAAGUGAAAGCUUGCUAAUCACUCUUGAUUAUUGAGCAUAAUAAAGAGCUCGGUCGUUU